AUGGCGCUAGACUCCCCCAGCCCUCCACCUGCAUAUGAGUCAACUCCUGCUCAAGCAACCCGGCCCACCGAGUCAACUCCAGCUCAAGCAACCCGGCCCACCCCUUCUAGAGCAACCGGAACCGUGAGCGUCGGUGCAAUCCCUGCAGCAACUGGAAGUGGGGUUACGCCUUCCACUCGGCGCCCCCCGGCCGAAAGUGGAGCUCCAGCUCGUCGACGUGGGCGCUACGAGGAGGCUCCCACAGCCAAUGGGAUGCUCCUCUUGAUGCACAAAUCGGAAGAAGCUCGCCUUGAUGAGCGUCGCGAGGCGGAAGCAAGGUUUAAUCGGAAGGAAGAGGCUCGAUUGGAGGCAUUGCGUGAUGAUCGACGGGAACGUGAAGAAGCGAGCCGACAACUCCAAAUGGAUAGGGAGUCUGCCGCCCUUCAAAUGCGAUUGGACCGAGAGGCAGCGGAUUAA